CACUCGCCGGCCAGUGUUCGCUUUGGCAUGAAAUGAAACUGUCGCCAGCUACUCGCUUUUUACUCGCAGUGCCUCGCCAGAAUAACUAUCUAUCAGUCGCGCAAUCGAGUCGAUGCAUCCAAGUCGCGCCUUGUUGCUUACAUAAAGCCCAAUAAUAAAAUCAAUUCGAAAUUCCAAAACUACUUGAACUAAUUUGCCUACAUUAGAGCUGGCCGAAAUGAGUGUCGAAAGAGAUGAGGAGUAUCUCAAAUUCGUGCCCCACACAAUGUCCUAUCAUGUGGUGCCAGGCGCCGAGUUCCAAUGCAAACUGGGCAAUCACCACAAUUCCAGGAAACUCUCAACUAUCGACGAGCAGGACUACGAUGUGGCCAAUAGAAGAGGCAUGAUAAAUCAGAUUCUAGCCACUUGUGCUGUUCUGCUGCUCUCCGCUGGCUGUGGCAUGCCCAUUGGCUUCUCAGCUGUCCUGCUGCCUCAGCUGAUGGAUGGCAAUAGCACGGAGAUACCCAUUGAUGUGGAAACAGGCUCCUGGAUAGCGAGUGUCCAUAGUUUGGCCACUCCGUUUGGCUCCCUGAUGUCCGGACCUCUGGCAGACUACUUGGGCAGGCGGAAAACCCUGCUGGUCUCAGUACUUCCCCUCUUCUUCGGCUGGAGCACUUUGGCCAUGGCCAAGAGCAUCAAGAUUGUGAUAUUCGCAAGGUUCCUUUGCGGCUUUGCCACUGGAAUUUUGGGUGGACCCGGCCAGGUCUACAUUGCUGAAACAGCCGAGCCCAACUUGCGUAGCCUUCUUAUUGGAGCUCCCUAUGUGGCCUACUCCUGUGGCAUCCUCCUAGUCUACUCCCUUGGCUCUAUGAUGUACUGGCGCAGUGUGGCCUGGUGUGCCAACAUACUGCCCCUGCUGGCCGUCGUGUCCAUCUACUGCAUCCCAGAGACACCAGCCUGGCUGCUUCGCAAUGGCUACGAAAAGCGGGCUCUCCAAGCUUUGACCUUCUUGCGUGGCAGCGAGAUCAGCGCCCAAAAGGAGGCCAAUGAGAUGAAGCAGCGUCUGUCCAGGGAGCGGGCCACCACCAAGACCAAUGAGAACAUCUUCCAGCUGUGCUGCCAAAGGGUGGCCAUCAAGCCGCUGGUCAUUGUGAUUGUCUUCUCCCUGCUGCAGAUGUUCUCCGGCACUUUCAUCGUAAUCUUCUACGCCAUCGACAUUGUCUCGGAGUUUGGAGCAGAUUUUGAUACCAAGCAGGCGGCGAUUUGGAGUGCUGCCGUGAGAGUCGUCUGCUGCAUGGUCUUCUGUGCCGUUCUGAUCUUUGUCCGCCGGCGCAGGAUCAUGGUGAUAUCGGGCAUAGGCUCGGGCGCCUUCUGCCUGGCCUUGAGUGCCUACAUGUACGCUCGAAUGGGAGAGCCCAAAAUGUCGUAUGAUGUUUUGGUGGCAGGAUGCUGCAUUCUGGGCUAUAUAGUAUUUAAUACAGCUUUAAUGGUGAUGCCUGGCAUCAUGAUUGGUGAACUAUUCCCGGCCAGAAUUCGGGGGAGAACCGCCGGCGGUGUGUUCGCCUCGAUGAACGUGGCUUUGUUUAUCUUUGCCAAGGUAUUCCCAGCCCUGCAGGCUUUCCUCAAGAUACGCGGCGUGUUCCUGGUCUUUGGCAUCUCCAGCUUCCUGCUCACCAUAUUCAUGUGCCUGUUCCAGCCGGAGACCAAGGGACGUAGCUUGGACCACAUCGAGGACUAUUUCAACGGUGACAACUGGCUGUGGUUCCGGCGGGAUCGUGGCUAUAAAACUGUGAAAUUACAGCCCCUGCAGCCACUCAAAGCACAAAAUCCAGGGGCGGAUGCCUAAUCCUGGGGGUCCUAGUUUUAAAUCCGGGCUGUUAAGAUUCCAUUUAGUGUAGCUAGUCCUUAGGCCUUAGUCUUAGUUCCAGCCGCAGUGCCUCGUAGUCGUUAAACUCGAUCGAUUUUCCAGUGACCGACAGGGAAUCUUCAAAUGUUAAGUUUUACUAUUUCAAAUUGUGAUCGCUAUGCUUUAAAAUGUAUCUACUUGAUAAUGAAAAUUAUGAUUAGAAAUAAAAAUCUGAUGAAA